AGCUGCAUCCAUUCACAUGCAAAUACGAGACUAAAACAACAACCAGCUCUGCAGCUCCUUCACAGCCUACAAUGUGGAUCUGUGCCAGUCCAGGCCACCCCUUUUUUCCCCAUUAAUGAUUGAAUGAAUAUGAAUCAAGUGAUUUUCUCGUUCUGAGAUAAACAAGGAAGUGAUUAAGUGAAAUUAUACUGUAGCUUGAAGCCGGGUGCAUCUGAAUGAGUUUGUCCAGCAGCACGAUAAAAACAUUUUUCCCUCCAUGGCAGCAGUAGCCUUGGAGCUGUUUCCAUUCAGUGGCCGAGGAGGAGCAGGUUUCAGGCGCAUGGAGGAGGACUUGGCUGCGCUCGGGACAUAAAUUCAGGUCUUUGCUAUCUCGUGUGAAAUGUAAAACAGGAGGCAGGCAGCAGGUGAAGCGUGAACCACGGGCGGCCAGCGGGAAGCCAUAAGACACUUCUCCCACUUGGCCGCUAUUAAAAGUGUGCGUUCCGACUUGCAGCCGGCGCAAAGACGAGCUGCAUUUGACACUUUGGCUUCAUGGCUCAGCGCGCAGCUCUCCCUGUCGUCCCCAUCGCGCUGCUGGUGUUCGGACUUGUUGCCAUCCUGCUCCUGACGAUUCCCACUCAAGACGUCCAGGAGGCGCCGGGGUUCAUGUAUGGGAUCGUUUUGGAUGCUGGAUCUUCGCACACGGCGUUGUACAUAUACAAGUGGCCAGCAGAUAAGCAAAAUGGCACAGGCGUGGUCACCCAGCACAGCGAAUGCCAUGUUAAGGGUGGAGGGAUCUCCAGCUAUGCGGGCCAACAGGGAGCAGCAGGGCAGAGCCUAGAGGCAUGUCUGGACCAGGCGGUGAAGGACAUCCCUAAAGAAAGACACCAGGUCACACCUGUGUACCUGGGAGCCACAGCUGGCAUGAGGCUGCUGCGCAUCUCGAGCCCAGAGCUGUCAGUUCAGAUUCUGCAGGAAGUGGGCCACAAAAUCCAGUCCUACCCUUUCAGCUACCAGGGGGCGGCCAUACUGAGCGGGCAAGAGGAGGGGGCGUACGGCUGGGUCACCGUCAACUAUCUCUUAGAGAACUUUAUAAAGUAUGGUUUCGUGGGGCGCUGGUUCAGCCCCGGCAGGCCCACAGUAGGAGCGCUUGAUUUCGGCGGGGCGUCCACCCAGAUAACAUUUGCGACUCACGAGGAAGUCGAGGACGAACAUGACAUGAUAAAGCUGCGUCUUUACGGCCACGAGUACUCUCUGUACACACACAGCUUCCUGUGCUACGGGCAGGACCAGGUCCUCAAGAGACUGCUGGCUCAUAUAGUGAAGUCUCAGGGUUACUCUGCGUCCGUCACACACCCCUGCUAUCCUGCAGGCUACAGCACAGUUUCAUCGCUGAGCAGUAUAUUCAACUCUCCGUGCACAGAAAAGUACAAACCCAGCUCCUACAACUCUCAGGACUCUCUGACAAUAAAAGGCAACGGACAUCAUGAGCACUGUCUGAGCAACGUGUCCGAGAUCUUCUCCUUCGACAGCUGCCCCUUCUCCCAGUGCUCCUUUGAUAAAGUCUUCCAGCCAAAUGUCAGCGGCAGCUUCAUGGCGUUCUCUGCGUUCUACUACAUUCACUCCUUCCUGCAGCGAACCACCAGCAUCACUGUGAGCACUCCUUCACUACUGGAGGAGGCGGCCAAAACUGUGUGCAGCUUGACUUACGAUCAGAUGCUGCUUCUUGCUCCACAACAAAAGUCUCGUUUGCAGAACUACUGCGCUUCCUCUGCGUUUCUCGAGAUCCUCAUGUUGAGAGGAUACGGCUUCGACGAGACGUCAUUCCCGCGCAUUUCCUUCCAAAAGAAGGCAGGGGACGCCUCGGUGGGUUGGGCGUUGGGCUACAUGCUGAUUUUAAGCAAUUUGCUGCCGGCAGAGACAGUGGGGCUGAGAAAGGCCCUGACCCCGGGAGCAUGGGGGACGCUGAUCUUUCUCUUUGUGCUCCUGCUCACAGCAGUCCUAGUCUUUAUCAUACUUCGAGCUCGUGAUGGGAAGAAGAAAGGAGGCAGUGAAAGCACCAUCUAAAAUACUACGGCGCAGUCAUAAAACAGUAAAACAGUAACAAGUCUGUGUUGGCUCUGCACUCCAGUACAUCUGAUCUAAACUGUAACUAUGAAGUCAUCAGGACAAUAAUCCUAAACAUGGAAACUGCAGUCUAUAAUCACUGAUUGCAAAGGAUUUCACAGCAAUUUUGAAGCUAGAAUAACUUUUUUUGAAGACAUCUUAUACCUAAAAUUGUAGAACUAUGUUAAAAAAUGACUGCAAAUCAUAAUCAUCAUAUUUUUUUGUUUUCAUUACAUAUCCAGUGGACUGGAGUAAAGAGCAACACAAUGAAAAACAUGCCACUGACUCAAAUACCGCGCCAUAGGUUUAAGAACACAUCACUCCACGAGUGGCACUGGCACUACACAGGAGGUAUGAAUGUAAUUUUUAUUCUUGAAAAGUCAAAACAUCUUUUAUUGUAUAGAAUGUAAAAAAAAAAUAAUGAAAAAAUCCACCUUUUUGGGUUUUGUCGAAAGUAUGACUGUAUUCUGAAGCACUGUUCAAGUAAAACGAAGUGCACUGUGGAGAUAAGAGCCAAUUUAAUAUGUAGUCACUAUUUAAUAUUUUUGUAUUCAAAGAUUAUUUUUUAGGUGGCAAUUUUUUUUCACAGUUUAGUCUGCCUAUGUUAACGUGAAAUAUUAACACACAAGUGUGAACAGCAGGCGUUUGCAUAAAAAUGAAUAAAUCAAUUUAAAAAACAAAUAAAUUAAAAAAUUGCUGACUUAUACAAACUCUUUAAAGGCUCUUCAGAAACUGUCAAUGUGAGGCAGAUAUAUUUUUUGUAAAACAUUGUGUCACAGAGAGGAGUUUAUUUUAAAAAUUGUAGUCUGAAAGGACAGAAAAUGGGAUCUUUCAACAAACAGUAUAAUAAAACUUGUAUUUUCAUAAUUCAGGUUUAUGUUUGAUAGAAAAGCGAGUCACUCACACACACGUUUUGUUUUCUUGAUGUCUGUUAUAAAAAUGUAGGAUGACACAGUCAUUUAAGAUAAACCAGAAUACCAAACUUACCUCUGAAAAUACAGUAAAGAAUGACACAUCAAGUUACUGAACAAAACCUGCAUCUGACUUUUUUCUUUUUUGACAGUAACUCAUGUUUUAGUCAUGAAUUAACUUUAGACAAUAGUCAGUUUUAGUCUACGUGUCAAACAGAUGUUAAUUCAACUCAGUGGUUGUUUUUGAAUUUGAUGUAGGUAAUAAUGUUGUAUUGUAUUAUAUUUAAGGGGAAUAUUUUUCACCAUCAGACUAGUGAUUUAAUGUUGCUUUAUUGGAUUAAUUAUAUACUAACUGUGUUAUUAUUGAGCACACCUCCUCUGCAUAAUAGGCUGAGAUAAAACACCAAAACAGUUUAACCCUCCAAAAAAUAUUUGCAUGCAAACAUGAUCGUUAUGAAAAGGUUCAUUAUGAAAAAGACAUUCUAAUAUGUACUCAGGCGUGCUGAGAUAAAAAGCUAAAGACAACUCUAAAUUUGAAUAUUGGUGUCAAUAUUUCAGUUCUGUGUACAUUUUUAAGAACUUCCGAGACUCUUUCAAAUCAAUAAAAGUCCCUGCAUGUUGAAAUUUUUAUGUUUGUUGUAUCAUCUUUCAAACUACUCUUGUGCCAUUAUAUGUUUUUUUUUCUGAACAGAAAUGAUUGAUUAAUCCUGGUGAAAAUUGGUGCUGUUAACUGUAAGUGGCUGUCAACCUAUUCAAUCAAUGUUAGAGUAAACAAGUGUGACAAAUAGAUUUAAUUCUUAUUAUUUUGUUUACC